GUGCGGACGCGCUCGUCAGCUGACCCACCAGGGAUGGUCCACAGAGGAAGCAGGAAGCGACCGCCGCUCGCUGCUCGGGCUGACUCACCGCAGUGUGCGGCCCGACGGGUCUUCUGUUGCCGAUUGUCUGUCGUUGCCGGUAGAAGUGUGGGAUCGUUGCCGCCAGAAGUGUAGGGUUUGGUGCGCUGAGGCGAGAAGGGCACGGUACCGUCGGUGGUUGGUGGAAUGGAACUUGUUCUGUCACUGCCGUGGCUGUGAGAUCAGUGUGAUUAGCUCAAGUGGUUAGAUCGUUGGUCGUAAGGAUCCGAUCGUAUGCUGUGGCCUGUGGACUGCGAUUGCUGGCCUGCUGCUCUGUGGCUUUAUGAGCGCGGAAACAAGACCGGUGCGGUACGACCUGAGCUGACGACUUGACUGCUCUGAAAUCCCGGUCUCUCUGCGUGCUAAAACAGUGCCUUGAAGCAGCUCUUGGAGGUUAAGCAGCAGACUGUCAGGGAGAACAGACCUGGGGGUCACUCAGAACCCUGGAUUUAGUUCCCGACUGAAGACUCGUGGCCUGCGCUGACUAUCGGGCCGGGACGUUCUGGAGUUACUCCGUCGCGCGACUGAGGCCAGCCGGCCGGCCGCUGCUCAGUCCCGCUCAGCUCGUAGUGUUUGCGCCGGAGGUUGUGGCGGCCGGAGGGGCCGGGAGGUUCUCAGACACACCCCCGGCGCGUUUUGUCGUCUCGAACCGUAGUAAACUGUCCAGAUCCAGUCAGUCGGACGGCCGUGACGCAGUGCCGCCCGCGUCCAACGUCGCCUCGUUGUGCGCCGUAUUUCAGUCCGUGUCUGUCCGAUCUGCGCUGACGGUGCAUACUGGCGCGUCCGUGGAGUACUCUGACGCUGACUGGGGUGAACCCGUGAUCGGAGACGGUGAAUGGGGUAGUAUUUGAUCAGAGUGCUCAGCAAGAGGAGUGACCUGUCCUCAGUGACCUGUCCUCAGUGACCUGUGUUCAGUGACCGCGCUCAGUGACCUGUCGCGGCUGCAAUCUGGGCCAGUGUCGGCUGUCAGCGGUCAGCGGCAGUAGUGUCCUAUUCGGCGGCCAGUCGCAGUGUGAGAGUGUGAGCCCGCUGUGAGAGCCGCCCUGUGAGAGAGCAGACCUGUCGCGCGCGCGAUAGCCGGCUGAGCCACCUGCGCGCCGCGCUCCUUCUCAGUCGCUCCGAGGCUCGUGGUGCCGCCGCGCGUGCCCCGCCCGCGCCGUCAUCGGACCCACAGCGACGUCAGCGGACAGACGGCAGUGGACGUCAUCACACGUCAGCGCACGUCAUCGUACGUCAUCAGUGACUCCGGACGUUGACGUUAGAGACGUGACGUUGGAGACGUGGCUUGGUCGCCGGGUGCGGUCAUCUCAGUUUCGACCUUCAUUUGUUGUCGCCACUCUCAGCCAGCGAUCGUCAGCAGUUGAAUCAGUUCAUCUGACUGUCAUCCGUCAUCUGGGGUGAUCCGUCAUCGCUCCGUCUUCCGUUGUCAGCGCUGUCGCCAUGGAUUGGAUGACGGGUGUGCUGGACCGUUUUUACUCAGCUACCGAUAUUCAGCAGCCGCACGUGACGAUCAAGGAGGAGGUUAUGGACAGUUUGGAGCUGGGCGGUGACCUCUACUGCCAGCCGAUGGGUGACACGGAGGAGACGGCGCUGUCGGCCGGCGCUCCCGUGCCGGUCUCCGUCCCGGCCCCCGGCCCGGGUAUGGUGUCCGGCCUGCCGGAGGGCCCUCCGCACCACAAUGGGGCCGUCCCGCCGUCUGGAGAGGCUCCGGCCACUCCUCGGCCGGCCAAGGAGUGCGGCGUCUGCGGAGAUAAGGCGCUGGGCUACAACUUCAACGCCAUCACCUGUGAGAGCUGCAAGGCCUUCUUCAGGAGGAACGCGCUCAAAACUAAGGUGUUUCGAUGUCCGUUCCAGGACAACUGCUCCAUCGACACUGUCACUCGGCGCUUCUGCCAGAAAUGCCGACUCAAGAAGUGCUACACCAUCGGCAUGAAGAAAGAAUGGAUCAUGACCGACGAAGAACGCAAAGUCAAGCGCCAGAAGAUCAACGAGAACCGCUCGAGGAAGUGCGACCAGACUACCAACGGCGGCGUGGCUCCUGCCGGCGGGAUCGGCGGCGGCGAGGGGUUUACGCCCAACAUCAAAGCCGAACAGGGCAGCCCUUACUCUGCUGAGACUUCCCCUUCCGGCUGGCUGCCUCACAGUCCGGUGUCACCCUACCGGUACGGGCUGGCGUCCCCGGGCGGACCCACAGCGGCUGUGGGCGCGGCCGGGGCGCACGAGCCGCCCGCGGAGGGACAGAGGAGGAUGGUGGGAGAGAUGUCGCCGCUGUCACUCAAACACUGCGGUGUGCAGGUGCCCGACUCGCCGCCCGAACCGACCUCCAUUGAUGACGGCUCCAUCAGUAUGAGUACCAUCCUGGGCAAGGCACUCCGUGCCGAGUUCAGUGACACCCAGCUGCGUGAGCCAGUGCUGCCGACCGGGGCGCUGAACCGCGCCGAGCGAGACAAGAUCGACGAACUGUUCGAGGCCGAACAGGCGCUCAUGGCACCGCUCAACGAGGACAAUAUGUUUGUGAAUCUGGUGAACACGGACCCGUCCCUGAUCAACGUCAUCAACCUGUGCGACAUCGCCAUCCGGCGGCUGAUCAAGAUGUCGAAGAAGAUCAGCAGUUUCCGCAGUCUCUGCCAGCGGGACCAGAUCGCGCUGCUCAAGGGCGGAUGCACGGAGCUGAUGAUUCUGAGGAGCGUCACCACGUAUGAUGCUGAGAACAACAGCUGGAAUAUUCGCGCCAAUGAGACCGACUACACGAGCAUCAAGCUGAACGUGCUGAAGAAGGCGCCGUACGACGUGUACGAGGAGCACAAGCAGUUCAACCGUACCUUCAGCCACCGCUGGAAGACGGACCCCUACAUCAUGGGUAUCAUCAGCGCGAUCACGCUGUUCUGUCCGUCCCGGCCCAACCUGGAGCAUGUCGAUGCCAUCACCCUGGAGCAGGAGUCCUACUAUUACCUGCUGCGGCGCUACCUUCUCACCACCAUGAGUCCCUGCGAGGCCCGCUCUGAGUUCCUCAAACUCAUCAAAAAGAUGGAGGAACUCCACCGGCUCAACGAGGACCACAUCAAGAUAUUCAUGGACGUCGACCCGCUGCACGUGGAGCCGCUGCUGAUCGAGAUUUUCGACCUGAACCCGAUGCGGAGUUUCGCUCCCGCCCCGCCGGUGGACAUGUCUGAUCACCAGCACCAGCCACAGCACCAGCACCAGCCGCCGGUGCACCAGCCGCAGGCGCCGCCGCCGCCCCCGCCGCCGCUAUAGAGGCCAUCCACAGAGCCCACUGUGGUAGAUAGCUCAGCACCACUGCUCAGCUGCGCCCCUGGGUACCGGGCGCUCCGACUGGGCUCGAUUCAGCCCUCGUGUGAUUUGUUACGGCGUGCGAUAUUUUACUGGAGAGUCCUCGCGCUGGCGUUUCGUGGCCCGCGCGCUGGCGUUUCGUGGAACCUGGUAUUGUACAACGCCGAGCGGGCGGGCGGGGUGGGUAGCUCAGCCUUUACUGCAUUUUCGCGGAGAGCUGUUGAGCUGCCGGGCGACCGCGCGGCACACGAGUUGUUAGAUUUAGAUACCAGGUGACUGCGGCGACGGAGACCGCUGAGGGCGCUACUAGCGCUGGAUGGAGAGAACGGAUGUCUCUCCAGGUAUAUAAAACUCAGAGCUGCUGUGUCGGGUGAUGUCUCACCUCUAACGAAUUGUAUAGCGCGCGUACACGGCGGGCCAGUAUAGGUAAUACCGCACCUACGAGUGCAGCGUGCAUGUGAGCGUGAGUGCGUGCGUGCGUGGGUGUGUACGUGCAAUUGGUGCCUCAGUAUACAUAUGCUCGAGUGGCUCAUGCAAUACCAGGUUGUCACUGUUCUGAGUCGGCAGUCACUGCCGAUAAUCGUACCUGGCUUCUGGGCGUGGAAACGAGUUAUCCUGCGCGGAGUUGAUAUAAGCUCAUAGCACAAACGCCUGCUAGAUGGCGUUGACGAUUUUUGGGCGUUCAAAGGAGUUGGAUGUUUCGUGAUGAAUUAUAUUGUCACUAGUCUUGCGGGUGGGUGUCUGUUUAUGCGUACCGUAUUUACGUGUGAGUGGUCACCUGUGCGGUGUCUGUAUGUCUGUGUGUGGCUGAAGUGACUCCGCCUGUGUCGUCGGACAGCCCUCGUCGCUCAGAGGGAGUCCGUGAGCUCACGGACCGCCCAAAGUGCCUCGCACGGGUAUAACCGUGAUCCACACUGCAGCAAACUGAAGGAACUAUAUGUUACAACUGUGA